AUGUCGGUGGUUGGCGGGAUGGUGCCGGUGCUGCCGGGGCUCUACGUGGGCGGCGCGGAGUCAUGCUCGUCCCCGGAGUCGCUGGCGGCGGCGGGGGUGGUGGCGGUGCUGACGGUGGACGCGGAGGAGCCGCCGGCGGUGCCGGGGGUGCGGGCCAUGCACGUCCGGGCGCGGGACGAGCCGGGCGCUGACCUGCUGAGCCGCCUGGACGACUGCGCCGCCUUCAUCGGCGCGGCGCGGGCGGGCGGCGGCGCUGCCCUCGUCCGCUGCCAGGCCGGGGUGAGCCGCAGCGUGGCCGUGGUGACCGCCUACCUCAUGAAGACGGAGGGACUCGGCUGGGAGGAGGCCUACGCCGCCGUCAGGGCCGCCAAACCCGACGCCGAGGUGAACCCGGGUUUCCAGGGGCAGCUGAAGCUCUACGAGGCCAUGGGCUGCGCCGUGGACAGCAGCAGCGCCCUCUACAAGCGGUACCGGCUGCAGAUGCUCACGGAGAGGUACCCCGAACUUCGAGACUUGCCCCGAGAAGUCUUUGCUGUUGAUCCAACCAAUAUAUGUCAGACUCCAAACACAGAGGUUCUCUACAGGUGCAGGAAAUGCAGGCGCGCUCUGUUCCGUAGUUCCAGCAUUUUGUCCCACAUGGAAGGAAGUGGACCGACAGCCUUUGCCCACAAGAGGAUAACGGACUCCGCUCAGCUUUGUGGCGAUGGCCGUGAAAAGUGUACCUCUUACUUCACUGAGCCCGUGCAGUGGAUGGAGCCAGCGUUGCUCGGAGUAAUGGAAGGACAGCUUCUGUGUCCCAAAUGCACGUCGAAGCUGGGCUCCUUCAGCUGGCGGGGUGAGCAGUGUUCCUGUGGCCGCUGGGUGACGCCUGCCUUCCAGAUCCACAAAAGUCGAGUGGAUGAAGUGAGGACGCUGCCAGUUGGUAACUUCCAAACUGCCAAAACCUGAACUCGUCGCUUCUCUCAAUGGAUUUCUUAACGUCCACAGAGAACUGCUGCCUACUCUGUGGUUGCCAGGAGUGAGCUUGUGACUUCCACCCCUUCGCAAUGCGGUGGAAUGACUUGAACGUCUGCUCUAUUCGAGCUUGCUGUAUCUCUAAUAUAUAUAUAAUGUAAAAAGGGAAAACACUUCCUUCGAAGAGAUGUUACACAGUGGUCACGUAUGUACAAAAAUGCCUGAACGUGAUGUUCUUAGUAUAUUCUCACUUCAUCUGUUGCUAUUACAGAGGGUCUUAACUCCUUAUUUAAAAGGAAUGCUAACAUGUUACUUUCAGUGCUGCUUAUCUUCCGAUCCAGAAGUUCCAAUCAGUUUGUCUGAAACACACAGCUGAGAUUUUAGGAGGCAUAUUCCACAACACGAGGUACGCGGCAGGGAAAUAUUUUAAGGCUUAGCAAAGUGCCAUGAAGUGGUACAAUUACAAUUGUUGUGCUGGCAUGUGUGGCAGCUAUUAGCAGCGAGGGGCAAGUUUACAGUUAUACUUUUAUUGUAAUAAAAGUAGUCCUAAAAAUACCUACCCCAAGAACAUUUACUACACUGUAACUCUUUCAUGUAAUGUCUGAGGAGAUCAUGCAAGCUGUACUGGAAUAGGAGAACUGAAGUAAAGUGUCCCUGCCAGACUGCUGCUUACAGGUUUAAAGAAAUCUCUAAAACGAUGAAGUAAGAUUUUAAGCAAGCUGUGAGCUUUCCUGAUGGUAUGCUGUGUACACCACUAUGGCACAGGUUUGGUUUGACAUAAGAGAAUAGGACAGAUAAGACCUACUUUAAAUCAAUUUUAUUUUCAUUGA